CGUAUGACGGAGGUAUUCUCAACUCUUCCGCUUCUCUCCGCCCAUCUCGCCUCCUUUCCCUUCGCUCUAGGGAUCAGCGAUCGAGGAUUAUUCGUUGAACGUGCCGCGCCGUUCUCCUCACGUACACCGUCUAUUCAUUUGACGUACUGUCGCAGAGUCGAUGUUGCCUCAAAGGGGAAAACUGCUCUUGCCCGCGCUCCGCCGGUCGAUACCAGACACGUGGCCGCAUCUCCCGCCGCCUGGUCUGUGGGAGUCUCAAUCCUCAGCGUUGAUCCCUGGAGCGCACCGAAGCGCGAUCCGUCAUCAUUAUCGUGACGCCGCGUCUCGUCCUCUGUCAACCGCCCUCAACGCGUUACUUCACCGGGAAGAGGAGGGCGGCUUCCGCAAUGGCUGCGGAUCCAACGCGCCUAUUGAACCAAGGUACCACAUAGCGAGCGCGGGCAGCGGAGGCAGUACGGGCAGUGGAGAAAUCGCAGAUUUUGUUUUUAGCCAGCCCACCGCGCUUACCGCCCUUCACGGCACUAGAUCGCCCCAGAUCCGGAGCUCCUCUGGCGCCACGUGGCUUCCAGCUGCCCUCCGCGCCGUCAGCCUGCCAGAUCUAGAUCCCCUGAUCUCAGGACCGUCCAAAUCAGUAGAUCCGCUCUCUCGCCGCUUCACCACCGUCGGAUCAGACUCCGCAAGUGCGCGAUGGCCGCUGUCGCAAUCGCAAUCAUCGCGGUCCUUGUGGUCCGCAGCAGUCAACGCGAGUCAAGGAGCGCCGUCGGGUGCGGGGAAGGCGGGGAGCGACCGAGGGCAAGAGGCAUCAGGUCCCGCCGCCACCGGGGCGUCGGCGGCUGGCGGAAGGAACGCUUCCGCCGAUAAACCUGGCGGAUCGGAAACCCCCGCGGAUGGCGCAGGGGGCUCGGCGGGAGAAGGCGGAGCGGAGGCAGGAUCUGGGGAUCAAGCAAGCGAAGGGGCGGCGGAGGGGAGCGGCGGAGGGGAGAAGAGAUCGUCGCCGUUGGAUCGGGCUCGGCAGCUGGUGACGCGCGUGGUGGCGUUCGUGGGGUCCAGGGUGUCAUGGCUGGCGCGGUCCGGCCCGGUGGAGAGAGUUAAGAAGGCGGUGCUGUUCGUGCGCGAGGAGCUCACCACGCCGCCCGCCAAGCGCCUCGCUGCCAAGCGCAAGGCGGAGGCGGAGGCCAUGGCGGCCGCUGCCAAGGCGUUUGAGCCGUCGGAUCGCGUGGAUCUGACGGUGCUGAAGCGGAAGGUGCCGUGGUGGCGCGCGCGCAUAGAGAGCGUGCUGGAUAAGGUGAGGGAGCAUUGGUUGGUGCAGCGAGUGUACGGCGUGCAGCACCACCCCAUCGUCACCAAGAGCAAGGAGGUGGUUGAUGACAUGAAGGACCGGUGGGAGACGAGCGACAGCCCGGUAGUGCACCGCAUCCAAGAUUUGAACGACUCCAUCUUUGGGGAGACGGCCACAGCCAUGGCAGUCAAGGAGAUCCGACGCAGAGACCCCGACUUUUCCCUCCCGGACUUCAUCCAUGAGGUGCAGGAAGACGUGCUGCCCGUGCUCACCGCGUACAUGCACGGCGACCUGGCGGCGUUGAAGGCGAGGUGUUGCAAGGAGGUGGUGGAGCGCUGCCGGGCAGAGCAGUCCGCCAUGCUGGCGCAGGGGCUGCAGGCUCACCACCGGAUCCUGCACCACUCGGACGUGGAAGUGAGAGAGGUGAAGCUGGUCGGCAACGACCCCGUCAUCAUCCUCCAUUUCACAUCGCAGCAGAUCUUCUGCCUGAUGGACAAACAGGGCAAGGUGCACGAAGGGGGAAAGGACAACAUAAUGACCAUGUUCCAUGCAUGGGCCAUGCAGCAGUCGUCUCUGGAGGACCUGGCAGAGGAUCCCGAUGAGCCCAAGUGGCGCUUGAGGGAGAUGCAGCAGAUGGGCACGCAGGCACUCAUUUAAAUCACCAUCUCUACGAUCCUGGGAACUCCUCAUGGCUCCGCUCCUAGUGAUAGGUAGGGAGGCGUGGACCGUGCCUCUAGGAAUAACUCCGUAGACCAGCUUGAUUGGAUUGGCACUGUUGUGGCAACAUGCACGUUGCUGCAACAUCUUGAAUCUUGGCCAUCAGAUGAAUGGUGGCUGAGUAUAUAAAACGUCACAUAUUGCAGUUUG